AUGGCCGGUGAUGACUCUUCCCUUUCCAUCUUCAAUGCCUCUGAAGCAAUAUCACAGAGCUGGGUUGAUUUCCUGAGCACCGAUACUGUCGAUUGUCCUGUUGUUGCUGGCACCUCAGCCAGUGGAGGGGCAGGAACUUCAGUGACUGAACUCACCUGCACGUCCAAAACGCGAUGCUUUGGCUUGUCAUUCGACACAGCCUCCAAUCAGAGUCGCUUUUCAACCAGCAAGUACAGUGUCGAUGACAACACCUACUUACUGUCCUUAACUCCCGACGCAUUCUCCAAACAGCUUCCAGGCCUUGAAGAAGUGCUUGAGCAGUUUGGAGUCUUUUCGUCUGCCAGCAGUUCUACUGGUGACCAAUUUAUCGAUAAUUUGGUGAAGAAUGGUAUCGAGAAAAUACAAAUUGAUCCCAACAUAACUUCCAGGAACGCCCUCUGGCUCAGCCAAGGCCAGGUCUAUCGGUGUGAUGUUGCUUUAACUCUCACAGCUUCCCUAAAUGGAACUUUUGGAAAAGCAAUCAAGGAACGACUCGGGUUCAAAAAAGUCCUGAGUGAUUUGGGGAACUGCAAUGUGUUGCUACAGAGGACCUGUAUUGGUGUACCGAGCACAAUCUCGGGCAGUGCUCAAGAGACAUGGAGCAUCGAUUCGACGUACAGCUUGUCCUUCAACUUCGAUGCGGCCGGGUUUGCGUUCUGGGUUACCCUGGAUCCAGUUGGAGUGCGAUUCGAUAUGAUACACGCAGCUAGCACCGACUGGUCUGACCUUACUGCCCUAGGAGUCACCAACAAACUUGAUGGCUCUCAACCGCUGGACAUCAACAGCUCACAGCCAUCAUUUGACAAGGUGCUUAGUGACGUCCAGCUCUUGAGACUAUCGGCUGGGGUCUCAUUGUUAGAUGCUGUGUGGUGGGACAUAACAGCCAGCAUUACUGUCACACACGAUCAGGGGGAGAGCCACAAGCCUCUGCAAAUAUUCUUGGAUUUCCAGUAUCCGGAAAAGAUUUUCACUGGCGGCCUCGUUACGGAAGCAUUUUACUCUGCCCAGGGCAACCAACUUCUACCCACAUUUUUGCCAUGGCAAGCCAUCAAGCCUCCUGACGGAUUGUUGCCGGGUACAUGGGAUUUGUCACAGCUUUCGUCUAAAGUCAGCUCGCUUCCUCCUGGACUUCCCACCCAAUUUCAGGAAGCAAAUGUGGUCCUCAACAUGAACGAUCCAAAGAGUCUGUCGUUUACAGCGAUUCUAGGACCGCGAACCCCGCCCACGGCUGCUGCUCCACCCACUGUACCCUGGCCAAGCACGUUUGAAUGGGAUACCGUAAACCUUCAAACCAGUACAGCAUCGAACUCGUUUUCAUGUUCCCUUUCCACGACCUUCACGCUGAACCCCUCACCUCUGGCGAAGGAUGCUGAUCCCGCCCACAUUGGCAUCAGCGUCGACUACAAUAAUGGGGAUUGGCUGUUGUCGGGGUAUGCACAAAACUUGAACUGUGGUAACCUUGCAGAUUGCUUCGAAGCGGGGUAUCAAAAUGCAAUGGCCGAACUGUUAGGAAAGAUUACUAUAGCCGAGCUGGAUCUGACAUAUGCUUAUGACAAGCAAAAUGCCGCCUCCAGCUUCCUCUUUAUGGGCAUCAUAACACUCGGCGAGCUCCAACUGCGCCUUGUCUAUCAGUAUGCCAGCAGUCAAGCAGGAUCGGACACAGCUGCUAAGAAGGUGUUGACUGGUGAAGAUGCAAAGCUUGCUCUAGAUACAGUAAGCCCGAAAGAUGGCAAAGUCACAUCGAAUUGGAGUUUCGAAUGUGAUCUGGAGGCGUCUGCCCCAAACGCUACCGUCAGACACAUUCUCGACUCCAUCGUCGACGAUGCUGCCGACAAUCUGCCGGACUUCAUUGCGAAUAUUCUCAUUCCUCAAGGUGAUGGACGAGAUCUCGUGACGAUCAAGGUGGGUAAGAAGGGGGGUGCUCAGGCGGAUGAUGGAAGUGCCCUCAACAAGGGGACUAGUAAUAUCAUGUUUGUCCUUAGGAUCAUGAUUGAUUCGUUUGCACUUUUUAUGAUACAGGUAUCGAACCCGGAUCCCACAGUAAAAUCUAAGAGGAUGUUGCGGUUUGCAGUCGAAUCAUUGAUCAUCCCAGUGGAUUUCCCGCUCGUUGGGAAGCCGCCGCUGCCCUUCGACGAGCUCGAGUACGUGUGGGUCAAUCAAGGCGAUGGUUUCACUGAAUCAGAUGUACAGUCCUUGAACGACAACAUGCUGUCCGGACAGGAUGUCUUGGUGUACAAGCAGACCAAUUCCGGAGACUCGACCACCAGUGGCCCCGUGGAUCCGAGCUCGGAGGACUUCUCGCAGGCAGACGAAGCUCACAUUACGAAGAACAAGAAUCCUGAUCCCGUCGCCCUUGUACCAGGACAUCACUUCAUGGUUGUUCGUACUCAGACUUGCGUUUUGGAUCACGUUUUUGUAUCGACGCCCGUCACAGCCCCGGAUUCAAAAGAAGGUGAGCAUACUCAGAGAGGUGGCCAAGUAGUCAAGGCUGCAGCACCACCUGCAGACGAACCAACUCAAAAACCGCCAUCAAAAGGAAACGUAACAUACAGUCUGGGUCCGUUGACUUUCAGUGCUGUAUCUCUGCAGUACAAGGACACAUCCGACGGACGAUUCAUCGCUUUUACAUUUGAUGCUACUUUUACCAUGGGACCACUCAUCUUCGCCUUACUUGGAUUCGGCUUGGACAUUCCGCUACCGGCCAACAUGACCUUUGAUAGCCUGAGUCAUCCUGAUACGUUCCUGAAAAUCAUGGAAGGCGCAAGUCCUACGUUGACAGGCAUGUCCUUCUCUUUCAGCAAACCACCAGUAUUGAUUGCAGGCGGUUUCGAACAUGAGGUGACGAAAACACCUGAAGGGCAAGAGCAUCGCUUCUUCGGAGCUGUAGGGAUUGGCUUUCCUCCAUACACAUUCGUUGGGAUGGGAGAAUACGCAGUCGUCAAGCACGCAGGGUCGGAUUACAAGUCGGCGUUCUUGUACGCAAAACUCGACGGGCCUGUUGUUACGGUCGAGUUCGCCACCAUCGAGGGCGUCCGGCUGGGUAUCGGCUACAAUUCGCUUGUACGGCAACCAACAAUCGACGAGAUAUACGGCUUUCCUUUAAUCGACGACGGCUCUACUUCCGGAGUGGGUAACGAUCCCAUGGCCUUGCUGAAAAUCAUGGUCGAGCCUCCCUCCGGAAAACCACCCUGGGUGACACCCCAGAACGGAGAAUACUGGCUCGCCGCAGGGAUGACGAUUACGGCAUUUGCCGUCUUGUCAAUCACUGCGGUUGCCAUGUUCGAGUUUGGGGAAACGGGUCUGAUUAUCAGCUUGUUCGCAGAUGCCGUUGCCACUAUGCCUCCGACUGAAGGUACAGCCCGCAGUGACCUGAUCGCCUAUGCGGAACUCGGCGUGGUGGCUGAGAUGAAUUUCUCGGCCGGAUACCUUCGCGUUGACGCUGCAUUGAGUCCGACCUCAUUCCUUCUUGUGCCUGAGUGCCAUAUCUUCGGAGGAUUCGCCUUGUCAUACUGGUUCAGCCCUAACGAGCACGCUGGCGAUUGGGUGUUUUCUCUCGGUGGAUAUCACAAAGCCUAUCAGCCGCCGGCAUGGUACCCAGUCCCAAGUCGUGUUGGAGUCUCCUUCCAAGCUGGUCUCCUUUCGGUCACCGGUGAAAGCUACUUUGCUAUCACGCCGCAGUGUGUUAUGGGAGGUUCUAUGCUUCAUGCGAGUAUGAGCCUAGGCCCCAUUCAAGCCUGGCUAGAUACUGCUUUUGACGCACUCAUCAAUUUCCAUCCUCUCCAUUACAACGUCUCCUUCAGCGUCUCGAUUGGAGUCAGCUUCAAUAUCGACUUCUGGUUCGUUCACAUCCACAUCGGCGCCACAGUCGGUGCGCACCUGCAGAUUCAAGGCCCACAACUUGGGGGAAUUGCACAUGUCGACUUUUAUCUUUUCGGCUUCGACGUCAACUUUGGUGCUUCACCAAGCAUACCAUCAGCACAAAGUCUUGACCAAUUCUGGACGUUAGUCCACAAACCAGGCCCGUCACCAGGCUCCACGUCGAAUGUCGAGGCGGCUCAUCAGAGCCCACUACAAAGCUGCCUCAGCCUCCACCCGCCACUCCCACCCGGUACACAAAAGACAGUCUACGUCGCGGGUGCUGCACACAAGUUCAUCCUCGAGGACGGAAACUUCCCACAACCCAAAACCACAUCUGACACAUCGACUACGAGCCCACCACCAAACACUGGCGCUGGAGCACCCUGGUACGUCAAAGCCGGCACAUUCAAGUUCCGCAUCGCCUCGGAAUUUGCGCUUUCGGAGGCAAGAAUGGUUGUCCAACCAGCACCAGGGGGCCAGACCAACCCCAAUUCACCGAUCUUUGUGCCCGCUCCGGCGCCAUUCCUAUUUUCCCGGCCCAUGCGAGUCAGCCGGGAGGAUGGGCCAAUCUGGUCAAGCCUCCAAGUGACAGUGUACUACGAGAAAGGCACCAAGGACGAAAAGAUCAUUUCCAACUGGUCCAAUCUCGGCUUCGACAUCAAGAACGUCCCAGCCGCGACAUGGGCGCCGUACGACGUUAAUCUUGACCCCAUCUUCUCGACGGAUCCCAAAGCUAUGAUCGGGCAGAACGGCGGACCUAUAACGGUCCCACUAGCAAUGGCCUUGAAACUUUCUGCACCGCCACCUAUAUUGGCUGAGAGUUUUAUCCCGGCGUUCUACGCCAGCGACGCUGCGAAGUUUGGGAUCCUGGAUUUUCGCACCAACAAGACAUCGGGAACCGACUGGCAUGUGCCGGUUGAAGGUCCUUUGCAGACAAAUUUCAUUCCCCGCGCAUUGACACAGGACGAGAAGCCACCGGACCCGAGCUUGUCUGUAGACCAGCAGAGGACCAUCAACAAGAUGAGAUGGGCCAAGGUGAAGACCACAUGGAGUGCGCUGGCUACUGAUCCGGCUGCUCGAAGCUUCAUUGGUGGGAAAACGAGUGAUCCUACGUCUACGCCAACAGCGGCACCGGCACUGGCACCAGUAACACCAGCAACGACAUCAGCACCGGCACCGACACCAGCACUUGCGCAAGAAGGCAUGAUCGCGCUCUUCAAAACUCUGUGCGCAUGGGACACGCAGCGCCCAAAGGACGAAAGCCCGGUAAAAUUCACGCCGCCAGGAGCGACGGCCGCUACUACCAUCCAACCAUGGGAUCUCAACGGUGCGUUUCCCUUGAACAUGAUUUCUGGCUUUGAUGAUGUAUACAUGGAUUUGCCAAGGAUGGGAAUUAUCCUCACGCCGACUAUGCGGCUGUGA